AUGGCGGCGGCGGUGAGAAAGCAGAGCUGUGGAGUUUUUCUGGUUCUGAGCUCGUUUUUCGGUCUGAGUUUGGGUUUGUUCGGCGGAGGAGAGACGUACCGACGACAGGUUAGAGACAAACACACACACACACCUGGGGAUAAAAAAUAAAUAGGUAGAAUCAGAGCGCGAGGACACAGAGGGAAGUGAAGUUGUUGUUUUUUUUUUUUUAAUUCUAUUGGAAAAAUGUGUGUCAGGACAAAGUCAGUCAGUGAAAUCAUCUGAACAUAAAAAACAGAUUAAAUGAAAAUCAUCUUCAUCAGACCAGGAUGAGAGAAAUAAAAACAGAGCUUUUUACAGAGACACUGAAGGGUUAGGAGGGUCUCUGAUAUCUUGAUUUAUAACAUGUUUUAUAUCAGACUGAAGAACAUCAUUAUAAUAAAACAGACAAAAACUUCAUAUGGAUGAAUUCUGAUGUUCACCUUUAAAUCUUCUGAGUUUAUUACCAAGUGAAAAGAAAACAGAGAAACACGGACAUCAGAAUACAAAAACAACAACUCAGUUAAAGAGAUGAGGACGCAGGGAGGCAAGAAGGAAGAAAGAAGGGGAAGGAGGAAGGGAGGAAUGAAUGAAGGAAGGAAGGAGGGAAGGAUUACACCACCCCACCCCCAGGAUCAAUAUCAGAGAUCUGCGGCUCUGCUAUCAUAACUGUCAGUGAUCAAUAUUCAGAAAACACACUCAUGUCUUUUACAGAUUUAAACCCCGUUUGAUAAACCACACACACACUUUACUGUGUUUUGGUGUUUUGUGUGUUUUUCUGUCUAUUCGAUAAAUGUUUUCAAGAGUUCACUAAAUAAACAAAGCUUUUAUCUCAUAUUUUUACCACAAACUUCUUAUCUUGACUGUGUGAAGAGUGUAGAGGUUCAGUAUGGACUAAACAGAUGGACUGAGUGUUUCCUCUCUCCUCAUGAAACAUACGAAUUUAACAAAUUAAAGGACGCUCAAUAUAAAAUUUAACAACAUAGACAACACAGAUCACCUUAAAUUCUUAAUAAAUUCAACUCCAACUGUUCUCUGAGCAAAGAGACCAGGACCUACAUACACUGUUUGUGACCCAACUAUUUCUACAUUUUGGUCAUUAGUGACCAAAGAUUUAAAUCUGAUUUAUUUUUAAACCAGUUUCUGUUUCUCCUGAGUCUGCCUGACAAGUCUUUGUCUCUUCAUACGUCUCAUUUUCUGCUUUUUUCAAAGACAGAAAACACAGACUUAAAAAGUGGAUAAAGGAUCACCCUCCAACAGUUUCUCUGUGGUAUCAGGAACUUUUAAAAGUUCUGCUCAUGGAGAGUCUUUGAGCUCAGAAAGUUCUGGAAACAUUUAUUUAUACAGCUGACCUUGUUGUCCUCUCACAGACCGACACAGCUGCUGCUUAGUAAAGAUCAAACUUUGGACAGAAUGUGUCAAAGGUUAGGAUUGUUUGAACUUUCGGAAGACGAUUUUUUUUCUCUAACAAUUUUUCUGCAAUUUCUUCAACAACGACACAAAUAAAAAAAUAAAAAAAAGAAAAAGGAAAAAAAGACAGCUGUUAAAAGUAUCUGAGAGUUGACAGAUCAGGGGAACAGAAAGAAAUGUACUUUUUUGUGUGCAUAUGUGUGUGUGUGUGUUCGUGUGCGUGUUUUUCCCUGUUUUUUUUUUUGUCUGUAAUUGAGUUUUGUGUUUCCCUCUUUUUCUUGUUUGUUUGUUUUUUUAUUUGUUUGUUUUUCUUUGUUGUUUGUUUUUCUUUGUUUUAUUUGUUUGUUCAUUUUUCUUUGUUGUUUGCUUUUUUGUUUGUCUGUUUUUCUUUGUUGUUCGUUUGUUUGUUUUUCUUUCUUUUGUUAAACUGUGUCUUAUGGGGGGGGGGCAUUGCUGACUGAGGGUUUCUGUUGUUUGUAACUGUAUAUAUAUACAGUAUAUGUGGUAAUGCUGCUGAAAAAAAUAAAAUAAAAAUCUGCUCCAACCUCAGGUCAGAUCAUAAAAAGGUGAAAAAACAUUUUAUUGUUUUUAUUAUUAUUAUUAUUUUAUUUUUUUAUUGUAUGCAGAUGUUCCUGAAGAUCUGUUGUUUUAAUUCCAGGGUUUGACUCACGCUGGUAUUUCAUCAGAGUUUCUUCUCCUUUAGUUGAUAGUCGAGCUGAACCCCGGUUCACCUCUACCGCCCCCUGAUGGCGACCUGCUGCAUGUGAGAGCUGUGGGACCCAAUGACACACUUCACUUCCUGUUCUGCAGCCUGGGGGCGCCGACGCUGCUGAUCGUCCACACAAACACUUCUUCGUCUACUGCUAGGGUGCGUCUACCUUCCUGUUUCAGGUUCAAGUGUUCCCAAUAUUUUGACCGUCAGUUUGUAAACGCAGAACAAGACGAAUCAGCUGAGCAGGGGCCUAUUCUACGAAGCAGAAUUACUGCUUAGCAAGGGAACUUCGAGGGUAAGUUCGGGGUUUCCUGUUCUACAACGCGGAUUCUCUUCUUAGCGAAGCAAGUCUCCAUGGCAACGUAUGCUGAACGGCUCCGGGGCAGGUUAGGUUCCAGAUUGAACUCGCAGCCUGCCCACUGACCAAUGAGCUCUCUUGAAAAAUGGCUUGUCCGUUCUUGGAGGAUUCUAAAGAUCUCGGUGCUCGCAUUGUCCAAGGAGCACUCCGGCACGCGAGAGUUUUCAGGGACCGCACAUACACGAUAGGAAUGAACAAGUGAGUGAAUUCAUCUUGGAAAUGAAUUAGACAUGUCUGGUGCAUGUUAAAAGCGUAUGUUGAACAGUGCUAUUUCAGGGUGAUAAUGGCAUCAAAGAUUUUUUGCGCACUAUACUUACGCAUUGAGACUGUUGGCAAUUUUCUGCCAGCGUUCCCUCCGUGCUUAUGCAGCGGCGAUGGUGUUGCAUUUGAGGUUUAUGAUAGAUUUGAAUUCUUCGUACUUUCUCAUGAUCGUCUCCUGCUCCUCAUAUGUAAAGUACGCGGUCCUUCACUCUCCGGCGUGCUCUGAUGCUCCAGACUGGUCCAUGUUUGCGAUUGGUCAGAUGCGGCGGGCUCCGCCUUACAUGCGUGCAUGCGCUCAUAGCAAAGCUGGAUCCACUUACAAGGUUGAUAACCAGCGUCAUAAGACCGUUUAGCGAGACCGCUGGCUACCGCCCUAAGUUGAGCGAGGUACCUCGCUAGGUCGAACUUGCUUCUUAGAAUAUGCCCCUGGUGACUUUACCCUCCAACACAGAGAGGGGGCGCUGUGCUGUCCUGUUCUCACCUGUCCUAACUCUGUGUCUCUCUCAGGUAAACUGGCCAAAGUUUGAAGCCCGUAAUAUCAGCGGCAGCCUGAAGGUGGAGCCAGAGAGCAGUGUCCUGGACAGCACUGCCGUCGUCUUUACACGGGUCAGAAAAAACGCAGGAAGUCUGUCAAGAACUCGGUCUGCCUUUAGAGUUGAGAACUGAGGAGACAGAGAACAUAUAACACUAAUAAUAAUAAUAAUAAUGAUAUUGAUAAUAAUAAUAAUAAUAAUAAUAAUAAUAAUAAUAAUAAUAAUAACACUAGUAGUAGUAGUAGUAGUAGUAGUAGUAGUAGUAGUAGUAGUAGUAGUAGUAAUAAUAAUAAUAACACUAAUAAUUAUUUGAUUAUAAUUAUUACUAUUAUUAUUUUAUUACUAUCGAUUACACUGAUUUGUUUUUAAAGAGUUUAUUCAAUCAUAGAUUUUCAGUAUUUCAUGAUUUUAAAGGGACUUUAAUGACAGAACGACUUUAUUUUAUUGUUUAUAAAAACUAUUUAUUUUAUUGUCAAUUAAAAGACUUUUUUGUUUAUAAAAACGACUUCAUUUUAUUGUUUAAAAAAACACUAUUUUUUGCUAAUGUAAACUACUUUAUUUUAUUGUUUAUAAAAACAAAUUUAUUUAUUUUAUUGUUUAUAAAAACGACUUUAUUUAUCUUAUUGUUAAUAAAAAAACUAUUUUAUAGUUUACAAACAACUUUAUUUUUUGUAAAAUAAAACCCCGACUGAUUCUUUUGUUUAUAAAAUGACUUUAUUUUAUAGUUUAUAAAAAUGACUUUAUUUUAUAGUUUAUAAAAACGACUUUAUUUAUUUUAUUGUUUAUAAAAACGACUUUAUUUUGUUGUUUAAAUGACUAUUUAUUUUAUAGUUUAUAAAAACGACUUUAUUUUGUUGUUUAAAUGGCUAUUUAUUUUAUUGUUUACAAAAUGACAUUAUUUUGUUUUUAUUCUGAUUAUAUUUUUUUAUUUUGACUUUGUUUUAAAAUGAACUCUUUUUUUUUUUCAGCUCUUUGAGUACAAUGACGUGAACGACACGGCCAAUGCGACCUCUGACCUUUUCCCGCCGUACGAGCUGCAUGACUUCAACUGGUCUCGCCUCAGCCUAUCAGGUCCCAGCGCUGUUCUCUGCGGCGCCGCCGUGACCUUUACUAACGGGUCGCUCUGCCUACAGGUCAGAGGUCACCUGAACCUCCUUAUCUGUCCUUAAACGAUCAAUACCCUGCUCCUAAGUGACAUCACUUCUUGUUUUUCCCUCUCCAGCUGUCUGUGUUUGAGUCAGAGGGGCGUGGUCAGUCCUGGCCCCGCCUCCUUCACAACGCCAAUGCCUCUCAAAUACGUGUGAAGCUGGAGGGCGUGUUGCCGAGGGCCAUGCAAUCCAGAUUCAUGCUGGAGCUGCAGGCAGUGGGCGGGGCUUAUCCCCUCAGCAGGGUCGAAGUUCACCGAUCUAUCGAUGAUGAGUUCACGCCGUCCAUAUUCAAGGUGACCUCUGACCUUCAAGUGCUGUCUUCUGACCUCCGACUCAGUUUGUUGACCUCUGACCUGAUUGUGUUCACCUCUGUGACUCAGUUUUUUUUUACCUCUGACCCUGUUUGUUGACCUCUGAACCUGAUUGUUUGACCUCUGUGACCUCAGGUGGCUCAGUGGAGGUCAGAGGUCAACACCUCCUCCAGUGGUUCUGGUUUCCUUCAGUGGAAACCCGUGGCGUACCGGCGGUCAGACCCAGCUCUGGAGGACGCCACUCCUUGUCGACACUCUGAACCGCGGCCUCAGCGCAGCGAGGAGACGGCAGCGCUCUCGGCCCUGAUCAUGGCGUUCUACAGUAGGGCGGAGCCUUUUGGACUGAACGUGAGCUUCGGCAUGGCUGGUCAGCCGUUCUACAACAGCACGCGGUUCCUGAGCUGGUGGGUGUCUGAGUUUAUUGAUCGGCGCUUCUAUUUUGAAAGUGUUUUCCUUUCACAUUAAAAGCUCUUCCUGUGUUUCAGGACGGCGUUGGUGGGGGUCGGCUCUCCCCCCGUUGACUCCUUCUCGCCACUCGUUCUCAGUAUCAUGGCGGUCGGUCUGGGAACUCCCAUGAUCCUCCUGCUGGUGGGCGGAGUCUGUGUAUGUAUGCAAAAGAGGACGGCACCUCCCACACUGGCGUACGAGCCAAUCAACUGA